AAUCUGGAUCUAAAAGAACCAUUAUUUAUUGAUUCUGGAGAAAUGAAUUGGUAAAAGAUGCAGAGGAUAUAGAUAAACAAAUAAUGCUCCGCAGCGACAAAUGCUACGUCAAAGAGCACAAAGUUUUUCCGGCAGAAAAUAGAGAAGGUAUUUGAGCCGGGAUCAUGAAGUCAGACACAUGUAUUUUCAGUGAUUACUUCUCUGAUGAGCCGGUAUAUCCUGAUGACAUACUCUAACAUUGAUUCCGGAUGCAAAGAGGGUUAUUCCUUCGCAUAGUCGAUCCCUUGAACAAAUAAAUAAUCCAGCUUCACUCCCCUGGUUAUUUACUAUAACAGUGUUCUUCCUUCUGGUUGUUGCAUACUAUGCCUUUGUCACCUCUUUUCUGGGCAAAGAUAUCCCUUGAAUAUGCCUUUGUUGCCAUUUACACUCCCCUGGUAUGUAGACUCUUCCAAUAAUGCAACUAUGAAAUAGAAAUGUGUCCGUUAUCCUUGUGUGAAAAAUUUCACUUUUGGGAUUUUUCUUCCAUAUCUUAUUGCUUUUUUCAGGCUUUAGCUGUUUUUAUUUUGUUUGUGUGAUGCACACUAAUUAAGCAAGAUGUAGGUGUGCGUUCAAAACUUGAAAUACUGCAAUUUGGAAUCGAUUUUAUGGAACUUUUUCAUAACAUGGGUUAUAUCUUUGGGAGGCGAGUUCUGACCUCUUCUUCAGGAGAUCCCAAAGCAAAUUCUACAAUAGGGACACGAAGGACUUCUGGUUACUGCAGUUCUGGUAGGCUUGUAUGUGCAUUAUUUGCUAAGGAAAAUUGUCACAGGCAUGAAGGAAUUGAACUUGGUGGAGAAGAUGCUUUGUUCUGCACCUUGUGCGACACUGAGGUAUAUGUAAAUUUAGUAAACAUUGCAGAAGCUGUGACAAAUGUGUUGAUGGGUUUGAUCACCAUUGCCAGUGGCAUAACAAUUGAGUGGGGAGGAAAAAUUAUAAUAGCUUCAUUGCUCUCAUGGCUACUAGUCUCAUUUGGCUUGCAAUUGAAUGUGGACUAG